AUGUCAGCGUGUAGGGAGAUUGUCUCGUAUCACCCAUUGCCUGCACCAGGCGUGACAAACAGCCUCAAGGAUGAGAUCCAGUCAAAAGUUACAGAAACGGUUAGCAAUGCGAUCAACUCAUUCGAUCCAAAUGCGUUGCCUCGGCAUAUAGAAGGGGCAUUGGGUACAGCUGGAAACCUCAUUAACUCAUUUGAGCCGAAAUGGUCUGGGAAAAAGGAGUUCGAUUUUAACGGGGAAGAUGAUUUCCUUGAUGGAUACCAAUGUCCUGAUGAAUAUUGGGGCUCUGCACCUGUGAAGGUGCAGAAACCAGUUAACAUUAAGAACCUGCUGGGCGGCGUUAUUGCGAUAAUUGGUCGCAAUUUGGGAAAUACUGAAGUUGAACAGCCAAAGGACACCAAGACCAGCGUCUCAUUCCUUGGGUCAAGCGAUGAUGGUAACACAUUCUUGCAUUCCUCAGUCUACAUGCCAAGUGCUCCACCAGUGCUUGAUGAAGAAGCCUUGAAUUACAACAUUUAUAGGGCUGUGCUGGAAGCAGAGCCACCUGAAUGGCUUCCCGACAGUUAUGCCAGCGCGUGUAUGCAGUGUGCUGCUCCUUUCACUGCCCUUACCCGUGGAAGGCAUCAUUGUCGAUUCUGUGGAGGGAUAUUUUGCAGGGCAUGCUCAAAGGGGCGAUCUCUGUUGCCUGCCAAGUUUCGUGAGCGGAAUCCGCAAAGAGUCUGUGAUGCUUGUUAUGAUAGGCUUGAUCCAUUGCAGAACUUAUUGAUUAAUUCUGUCAGCAAUGCCUCACAAACUGCAAAGCAUGAUGUUAUGGAUUGGACUUGUGCAAGAGGGUGGUUAAAUUUGCCCAUCGGUUUAACCAUGGAGCAUGAGAUUUACAAGGCAGCAAAUACCUUGUCGAGUUACAGCCAGGUGACAAGAAUAAACCCUGAGAAGUCUAUUCCCCAUGCAGUUCUUAGUGGAGCAAGUGGGCUUGCCAUAUUGACAGUUGCAAAAGCUGGUGCUAUUCUUACUUACAAACUUGGAACUGGCCUAGUAGUUGCUCGAAGAUCUGAUGGAUCAUGGUCUGCACCAUCUGCUAUACUUUCUGCUGGUUUUGGAUGGGGAGCACAGGUUGGUGGUGAGCUUAUGGAUUUCAUCAUAGUGCUUUGUGGCCCAGAAUCUGUCCGAACUUUCUGCAGUCGAAUGCAUUUUUCACUUGGGGCAGGUGUAAGUGCUGCAGCAGGACCUGUGGGCAGAGUACUAGAAGCAGACCUGAGAGCUGGUGAUAAAGGAUCAGGAGUUUGCUAUACAUAUAGCUGCAGCAAAGGUGCAUUUAUUGGUGUCUCAUUAGAAGGGAAUCUAGUUGCCACACGGAUGGACGCUAAUCUGCGCUUCUAUGGUGACCCAUAUCUGACAACCAGCGACAUUCUCACGGGGAAUGUGGAACGUCCAAAUGCUGCCAAAUUUCUUUACACUGCAUUGGAUAAUCUAUACUCAGGGCUGGAUUGUUAG